GGGACGCUGAUCCGAUCGCAAGAGACGAAUCGUGCAGUUGGAUCACGGAGCGCGGUCGAGUGACGAAGUUGUCGCAUUGUGCCGAGCAUUAACGAAUCGAGCUCGAUCGAGAGUCCGCAGCUAGUGGCGGCGUUUGGUGCCAGCGCGCGACCAGGGCCAUGGCCGGCGCCGCGUUCCGGGCUGUGGUUUUCUCCCUCCUCGGCGCCGCCACUUUCUUCGUGGGUUCCUCUUCGGCGUCGUGGCAUGCGCAGGUGUUCGUGGUCGGCGGCGAGCCGAGGGGGUGGAGGAAGCCAACGGCGCCCAACGAGGAGAGCUACAACCACUGGGCCGCCAGGAACCGCUUCCACGUCGGGGACUUCCUCCAUUUCAAGUACGAGAAGAACGACUCGGUGCUGGUGGUCACCCGCGGCGACUACCAGCUCUGCGCCGCCGACAAGCCAACGCUGCGGUUCGAGGGCGGGGACACCAGGUUCCACCUCAACCACAGCGGCUACUGCUACUUCAUCAGCGGCGCGCCGGGACACUGCGACGCGGGGCAGCGGAUGACCUUGCGCGCCAUGGUGCCGCAGCAGCAGGACGGCGGCAACAAUCCCGCCGCCCCGGCCAGGGCGCCCGCCGCGAUGUCGCCAGGUGGUGAGGACGACGAAGGCGGGACGUUCGAGCCUCCCGGCGCUCGUUCUUCCACGCCAGGGUCCGAUGCCGGGUCGAGGCCGCCGCCGCACGUGGCGGCAGGCGCCGAUGGGAAUAAGACCAGCGCCGCUGGGUCUAUGCACGACGCGUCAUCGCCCCCGUCGCUUCGUGGGCAUCGCGUCCUUGGGAUUGCUCUGGCUGCGUUGCUGAUGUUCUUGCCCGCCUGA